AUGAAGCAACAACCAGUUUUCAAAUCCUUCCGUUUGAGUCCCGUGGACCAUACCCUGCCCAAAGUCUACAUUUUCAAGACCUUGUAUUUCCGCCCAGUGGAUAACAUAAACAGUCUUGCGCGCCUCCGAGAUGGUAUAGACCGUCUGGUAUCAUGUCUGGCUUUUCUCUCUGGAGAAGUUGCACCAUGUGCGGAUCUCCCCGAUAAAAUUGGGGUCCUUCAAGUGCAGAUGCCUGGUCUCUCUCUCCAAGACAUUCCCAUGCUCUUGGUCAAGUCCUUUCCCAACAAUUCAUGGACAGGGGGAUCGAACAAUUAUCCUUCACUUGAGCAAUCAUAUCAUCCGCUCCCGGGUUUCAUUCCACCAUCGAAGCCCAGACCUGUGCUACGCUUCCAGGCCAAUCUCCUGGCUGAGGGACUCGUGCUAUGCAUGGGUUACAACCAUUCUGUUUUUGAUGGCACAGGCGCCGGUUAUAUCCUUGAAAUGCUAGCCGAUUGCUGCCGUGCCGAGCCUGCUUGCAUGGUUUCUCUUCCCACCACUAGUGAGGUCGAGUCAAAACUACGCGUGAUGCUGUCCGAUGCUGCAGUAGCACUUGCGGAUCAUUCUCAGGCAGAAAUUCCCAGUCACUGCGUGCACACGGAUAUAGAACCCGAACCCUUCCAGGCUAUGCUCUGCAAUCAGUCGUUCCUACUGUCUUCCGAGAGAAUCGAUUGUAUGAGAGACGCAUGCAACGGCCUUUUACCACAUCUUGUACAAACAUACAGAUGCCUUCAUGAGUUAGUUGUCCAUCCGGACGCGAACUGGCCAAAAUUCCUCUCUAGCAAUGAUGUCCUGACCGCGUUGCUCGCGGUAAGUGUCGAGAAAGCCAGGACAGCAGCAGGAGCCCAGGGGCAAAGGAGCAAUAGCCUUGCAAUGGCGGUGGAUUUUCGAGGACGAUUGAAGGGCAUGCCGGCGCAUUACCUUGGACACCUGGUGACCACUGUAUGGGCAUCUCAUAAUCGACCAAGUGAAAAUAACCCGGAUACGAUGGCUCCAACAGCUCCAACAUUUAAUCUACCAGACAUCGACCAGGAUGAUCUCCUUUGGAUCGCCCAUGUUGCUUUCCGUGUCCGGCUUGGGCUGAAUGCUAUCAGUGACGAGUAUAUACGUGGAUUGGUCCACUACCAGUACAGUCAGGGUGAUUGGGGCCAAAUUGGUAUUCACUUUACCGACCCUAUUUUCAUCAGCAGCUGGCGGCAUCUGAAAGUUUAUGAGCUGGACUUUGGUCUAAAUAUUGGGCAGAUCGAGAACUUUGAAAUGGACGUCGGCAGCUCGGAUGGCGUAUGUAUUGUUAUGCCAGCUCAUCAUAAAAGAGCUAGCGGAAAGACCAAAAAGGCUCCAUGGGACAUUCGUUUUAUUUGA